AUGCUGAGAGUCUACUGCUGGCCACAGCGGUUCAAGGAGGGCAUUGAGGAUGAUGUGGAUGAUGGGGAUGAUGGGGAUAAAGAGGAUGAUGGGGAUGAUGGGGAUGAUGGGGAUAAAGAGGAUGAUGGGGAUAAAGAGGAUGACGAGGAUGAUGGGGAUGAUGGGGAUAAAGAGAAUGAUGAGGAUGAUGAGGAUGAUGAGGAUGAUGGGGAUGAUGAGGAUGAUGAGGAUGAUGGGGAUGAUGGGGAUGAUGAGAAUGAUGGGGAUGAUGGGGAUGAUGAGGAUGAUGGGGAUGAUGGGGAUGAUGAGGAUGAUGGGGAUGAUGGGGAUGAUGAGGAUGAAGAGGAUGAUGGGGAUGACGGGGAUCAUGGGGAUGAUGGGGAUGAUUAG